AUGCCUGCAGCUAUGAUGGAAGGGAAAACUCAAAGGUGUUCGGCUGCUGGACAGCCCACUCCUGCACACUCUCGUUCUUUGCACUCUCGUCCUGCUGUAUAUUAUACCAAACCUGCUUCUUCCAGUGUCUCGAAAGAUCAUUCGCAGCAUCCAUCGGAACGCCCGCAGCACCAAUCGCUCUCUCGCGUCAAGGGUCGAGCAAAGAUGUUCACUCCUCCUCGAAUGAACUCGGAGGUCUCGUGGCUGAGAGAUCAGUCACCGGCUCACUCUGCUCCAAGGACGCCGUCACGCUCCUGUGAAACACCUGAACCUGGAACACCUACAUUAGUGAAUCCUGCAUCAGUGUUAUUGCAAGAUCUUCUCAAGGAACAGCGUGCGCAUCGCAGCUCCCGAGGGGCCAACACAGACGAAUGGGAAGAUGCUCCGCGAACCCCAGAGGGUACCCGAACACUAGAUGACGCUGGAUCUGAAAAGGCGCGAAAGGUGAACGACGUCUUUAAUGCGGGCUUGAAAAAGCCAAAGGAGAUGGGCAUUCGGGAAAUGGAUCAGUAUGUUUCGAAAAUGAACAAAUUGAACUUUGAUUUGAAACUCGAAGUUUUUCAUCGCGCCCAACAGAUGGGUGCCCUUGAAAAGAAAGUGGAACGAAUGGAGGAAAUGGAAGGGGAACUUGCACGGAUGCACGACCUGGAAGCUGAAAUCGAAGAGCUUCGCGCCACCAGCAAGGAGAACCAAAGACUGCGCGAAUCGAACGAGCAACUCCGAAGCGACCUUGACAAGCGAGACCUCGCAGUUACCGAAGCAGUCGAACUCAUUUGUCAGUUAGAAUCCAAGAUUGAGGUGCUGGAGAAUGGCGGACGAAGCUCGAGAAUGAGUAUAUCACGACCAAUGACCGCAGAUGGCUCUGGAAUUUCGACACCCAAGGCCCGCACUAUGAUCGAGAUCCCAGAGAGGACCUCGUCAAAACGGAACUCCAGCAUGAUUACCCUUCCGAAACGGGACAUCUCGUCUGAAAUGCGGCAACUUUCGAAAGCGCCGUCAUUCCUUCGAGCAGAACACAAGAGCACUGCAACUCUACGAAGUCUAUAUGAACCUGAAGAAAACCAAUCUCACUCUAUGCUGAGCCAACUUACCAACUCGGAAAGUUUCAACACGAUGAGUGAGCUUGAACCUGAAUCACCCAGGUUGAGUGUUCUCAGUGAAUGCAGUGAGCUGGAUCCGUUUGGUACGCCAACUCAAUGGAGUCACUUUGAUCGGAUUGAGAUCCCAGUUCGGAAAGCGUCCUCGACUACAAGCAGUUUAGACAGUUAUGUCGCCCCUACAGAACGGGAAGAAAGUAAAGAGGAUCAGAUUGAUCGCUGGAUGCAGUCAAGGGAGAAUGAAUCGCAGACUAUAAUCACAAGGCGCAGGAACCGGGCAUCGUCCGAUGCCUCGAAGGCGGCUCUCCCUAGCCUAAAGGCAGACUUGUACUCUCCAAAGCCUCGUGGACGUGGACGAUUGGAUGCAUCGCUCUUCGGAGGCGUCAGACUUCCUCCGACCCCGGAUACUAUGAGCACAGCAUAUGCUAUCGGCACGAAUCGCUCAAAUGGCAGCAUUGCAGCUCGACGGAGUCCAGUUGAGCAUGACAUGUACUUCCCUGGUAGACGGCUGGACCGUCCACGCUCGGCAGAUGAAAUGACUGCAAGUCGCCCAAGCUUUGAUGGCAGUGAGGCCAACGUCAGCCUGCAGCCCAAUUGCAACGAUACUCCGCGCCCUAGCCAAAUGACUCUUGAAUCAGCUACUAUCCUGCCAGCGUUUAAUACCGUCUCUCCCAAAGCCAGCGAACUUCUCGGACCUGGGAGCCCUAACAACCCUGUGAUUGAAAGCUUCGCGGGUUUACUCCAAAGCACACCCAAGCAAGCAUCGACACCAACUAUCACACGCAUUCGCAGCCCAGUCAAAGCCAUGACCCCAGAACCCCAGUCCAGGGACGACAUAUCACCACCGCUGACCCCACAAGACUGGAUGGCAGCCGCAAAGCAAGGUCCACGUUCUCACAAAGGAAAGUCCCGAGAGACAGGUCUCGAAAUUGGCGAGGCACCGCUGUCACCAGGGCCGAUGCUAAGCCAAGCCGCCUUCCACGACGCCAGCAGCAUAGUCUCGGCGUCAAGCAGCGAACCCGAUGUUCCCGGCAUCCCAACACUAGACAUGAACACCCUGGACAUUCUCGAACAACCCCUGGACCUCCCGCAAGCGCAAACAGAAAUGAGCCCCGAGCCCGAAGCCCGUCGCCGCCUCAGUUUCCGCCCUCCAUUCUUCAGCCGCUCCAGCAACAGCCCACGUGCCCUAACAGCAUCCCCAACGCCCAAUGACUUCGACGAAGACGACGAGGACGGAGCUCCAUCCCCCAUAAUUCCAAAAACAAGAACCAUGGGCGGUGCAGCACGCAGACCAAUGUCUCAGAUCUUGAGUGAUUCAUCAGGUCUAUACAACCAUCAGGCUAUGCACCUACCGCUCCCACGGGAGGCAUCGUACCAAACCCAGCCUAUUCCCCAACCUCGGCCUCAAACUCGAACCAUCCGCCCAGUAAACUUCCCCUCCUCCCAAACCGACCCAUCCCUAAACAGCCACACCCACACCCACCAACCAUCCGCAACAAUCUCCGGCCGCCCAUCAACAUCCCACGGUCUGAGUCUAGGCACAGAACACAAGCGUCGCAGUUCGCUCGGUAUCUUCGGCUGGAUGAAGGGGAAAGCCCUCUCCAGCAUUACCGACAAGGACAAAGCAGCUGAGCCACGCACGCUAUCGAGAUUGGCAUAUGAGCAUGGUGACGGUGCCGGUGCCGGUGUGCGUGCUAUGACUCCUGAGUCUUUUGAGGUGCCCGGUACGGUCGUCAGGCCGCAUUCUGAAAUGGAGGUGCUGGAGGAAGGGGCGAGAAGACCCAGGUAUAUGGGACGUCGGGCUAGGAGGGGGUAG